AGCAGAAAACAUUUAAUUUCCCAAGGAAGCUUCUCUCAAAUAAAAUUUGAGUUUGAUGCACUUCUAUGCACUCAUUAAGCAUUUCAGAAUGCGUUUCUCAUCCUAUGUGUUAAUACUAAUUUUCUCUCUCUUUUCUCAAGGUUUCUUACUUUCUGUUUCAAAGUCGGUGCGAAAAGCAGAAGACAACAUGCUAUUAAGUACAUUCAACCUUGGAAAAGUAAUCCAGAAUGCCGGCAAAGCCGAGAAGUCACGGCCUGCAUCUUCUCUUGAACAUUACAAAAUUGAGGACAGCAGUUUUCUGAAUGAAGAGGAUGAUGGAACCCCAAAGUUCUCUAACAUAGGCUCUAAGCACCAUGACAUAAGCCACAGCCGACCACUGAACCUGCCUCCUUAUUUUUCGCUGGAGGAACCUGUGGCUUUUCCAGCUGAAGCUGAAGUUCAAAGUAUAGAAUCGAUACAGGAAAGGAGAGAGACGGGAGAUGAUGAAAAUUCAGCUAAAUUACCUAUUGGAAGAAGAGAUUUUGAUAUGCUCAGGUGUAUGCUGGGAAGAGUCUAUCGACCAUGCUGGCAAGUCUGAAGCACAACUGCAGGAUGACGUUUGGAACAAAGAGAACCAUUUUCAUCAAAAUUAAAUGACACUGUAGUUUAAAUGUUUACUGUGUAUGUGUAUUUUGCGGUGUACGAGGUGCCUAAGUAUUUCUAUGUCAGAACAAUAACACAUGAUCAAAUAACUGUACUGAUUAUAUUGCAUUAUUAAAACUGAUAAUUCUGCAAAAA